UCGCGUGGACCGCUGCCGUGGUAAUCGUCAGGUACACACAAAUCGGCGCAGUCGUCGCCGGUCCGUCCGCUCGAGCACAAUACACACACAAUAGUUUAUUCUAAUAAAAUAUUGUUUUUAUUUUUAUUUUAUUUUUUAUCCAGAGACAAACGACUACUGCACACUAUGGAGUACCUGAAGUUGAGUUCCGGCGGCAGCAUGCCGAUAGUCGGCUAUGGUACAUGGCAGGCUUUGGACAAUGUUUUGGAAGAGGCCUUGAACGAAGCUCUGAAGAGUGGGUACAGGCACAUCGACACGGCCACGGCUUACAACAACGAACACGUCAUAGGAAAAGUUUUGAACGAAUGGAUAACGUCCGGCAAAGUGACUAGAGACGAGUUAUUUAUCGUCACCAAGCUCCCUCCUUUCAAGAAUCGGCCUGAGGACCUGGAGGGGUGUUUAAUAAAAUCGCUCAAAGACUUGCAACUGGACUACGUCGACAUGUACUUGGUGCACACUCCGUUCAGCGUGACCACUGGUAACACGGCCGCCUAUGGCGAGAUGAAAAUCGAUCCCAGCACGGACCACUUGGCGAUUUGGGAGGUGAUGGAGAAACAGGUGGCUUGCGGCCGAGCAAAGGCGAUCGGCUUGUCGAACUUCAACGUUAAACAGAUACAGAGGGUGCUGGACAACUGCAAGAUCAAGCCUGCCAACUUGCAAGUGGAAAACCACCUGUACCUCCAACAGCCCGAGCUCAUCGAAUUUUGCAAGAGCAACGGUAUCGCUGUGACCGCGUACUCGUGUUUGGGCGCUAAGGGCGGCCGGGAAGUCUUGGGCAUGAAUUGGACCAAAGAAUUGCCAGAAAUGUUGGAAAACGACGUGGUGUUGAGCAUUGCGGAGAAACAUGGCAAGACUGCGGCCCAAGUUUUGUUGCGGUUUAUUGUCCAGAAAGGCAUCGCGGUCAUUCCAAAAAGUACAAAUCCACAGCGGUUGGCGUUAAAUAUACAGAUUUUCGACUUUAAAUUGGACGAGAAAGACAUGGAGGCCCUGAUUGGCCAAGACGCCGGAGAAGGAGGCCGCAUCAUUUGGCUUUUGUUCUUCAAAGGAAUCACCGAUCAUCCAGAAUAUCCUUUCGAAAAGAUCGCUUGAGCUCGAAUUUAAUUAUACGACAAAUACAACAGCCCACCAGUACACUCGAAUGAACGAAAUUCAAACAAUAUACAAUUUCAUUCGACGAAUUCUAUUUAUUUAUAAACAUUUUAUUUUGCGCCUAUACCUCAUGCUGUUGUUGUUCACGUCGAUCGAUUCGUAUUUUAUGCAUCUACUCGCCUAUCCAAACACUGCAAGGAUUAUGUCGUCUAGGAGUAUCGUAUAAAAUAAUCGAUUGUAUAUUCACAGUGCGCACGUGUGUAUCUAUAGAUAUGUUUAAAAAAAAAAAAAAAACUUUACUAUUAUUUACAAAUUAUUAUUAGAAAUGUACCGUAUACGAAUGAAUACAUAUUGUACCGAUAUUAAGUCAAAUCAUGUUAAAAUUAUAAUUAUUAGUUAUGAAUUAUAUUAAAACACGCACUUGCAUUCAACAUAAUA